UACUGUCACACUGGCAGCCAGCAGCACAAUAAAUUUUUUGUUUUCUCAACUGAUUGCGUGGAAAAUCGAGAUAUCCGAAGCAGAUAAACAAUGCUGCAGUGCUAGACCCCUUAAUCGAAAUAAAUAGGCGUUUCGGGAAAUAUUGGGUAUCCAACAGAACUCAAAAAUUACACAAAUCCAAAAGGCAGCCCAUCUGGCUGUGUGUGCGUGUGUACGUGAGUGAGAGUGACGUCGCAGUGUGCGUGUGUUUGUGUAAAAAUGAAAAUCAGACAAAUUUGUUGUUUCGUUUUACGACUUUUAGGCAUUUAGCCUGACUUUUACACAUUUCUACAUUAAUUUGUUGGGAGGGGAUUUCCCGCCACAGGCACAAAACACGACGCACACCACAUUCAACACCAGUGGAUUUAAAUUAAACGAUCGUCGGGACUAGCGCGCGGAUUAUCAAGUUUGGAAUUAAGUACGAAUCAUACACCUCUUCACAAAAACACAUUUGGAAACGCCUGCUAUGCUGUUUCAUCCUCGCACUUUUGUUCGCCCGAAAACAACGACAUACACCUGCUGAAAAACUAAAGACAGCCGAUUGCCCAUAGAUCCGAGAAUUUCAUUCACAGAAGCUAAAGUCCGAAUCGAAAACAGAAACCCGCUUCAAGAUGGCUAUACCGCCGCCACCGGGACCACCGCCUCCGCCAGGACCUCCACCGCCUCCGGCGAUGGGUGGCCUAAAACUGGGUGGCGGAGGAGGAGGUGGAGCAGACGCCCGUUCAGCCCUGCUCAGUUCGAUCCAGAAGGGAACCAAGCUGAAAAAGACCACAACAGUGGACAAGAGUGGUCCGGCGUUAUCAGGCAAGGUGUGUGGAGGAGAUGGAGGAGGAGCAGGAGGCGGAAUUGGAGCCAAGCGAACCCUCAACAAUAACACCAGCACCAGCAAUCACAACAACAGCAAUGGCCUUGGCAAUGGAACCCCCAAAUUGGGAGGCCUGUUCGAAGGCCUCUCGCAAAUGCCAAAACUGAAGCCCGUGAACGGCAUUCGCGCAACGCCAUCCGCAACAGCAGCAACAUCGAAGUCCACAACGAACUCAUCGGUUCAGCAGCGGAGCAAUAGCCCGCCAGCCGCAACGACCGCCUCAAAUGCCAGCAACGGACCCAUGGACUUCAACACGGAGCUCACCAAGCACUUAACGCUGAAGCGCCAAAAACAGCAGCAACAACAACCACAGCAGCCGACGGCGACGAACAACACACAUAUCAAUGCAACGGAAGCAAAUCUGAGAACAAACCGGGGACCACCACCGCAGCCGCCAAAGUCAGCCAACACGAGUGAUUCGAUCUUGGAGCGCAUGAACAUCCCCCGCACAGCGCCGGCCCCCUCAUUUGCCGCCAAUUCGAGUGUCAAAGCGGCAUCGCCCACGCUCUCGGACAGCGGCAGCAAUAGCAGCGGGAGCGGAGGUGGAAGCGUCAAGAGCAAGGCGGCCAACCUGAAUAUCUCGUUAGGCAAUAGUUUUGUAAAUAGUUCAAAAACAACAACGAGUGCCUCGACCACGUCGCUGAACUCCAGUCAAACGUCCUCGACGGGAUCGCUGCGCAAUUUGGCGCCCAAUAAGUCCACAUUGUUUGGUGGUAGCGGUGGUUCUAGUUCCGGGUCAAGUUCUGGUGGCGGUUAUGCAACUGUUCAGAAGUCUUCACCACCCUCGACGGCCGACAGCACGCCAUCGGUCACGCCUACACCGCAGAUGAAGCCGGCCAUUAGCUUUGGCAAGCCCAAUUUCGCCCCAAAGCCACCGGGCCUGAAUCAACUGGCGCUGGCCAAUGGACAGCAGCGUCCGGCGGUGACCAGGCAUCACAGUAUGAAGUCGCCCAGAUCUCCUCCAGCGGCAGGCAGCGUCAAUGGACCAGUGUUCCCCACCCAACAGCAUUUGGGCACUCUGCGUGGUCCCCUGCAGUUCCACGGUAGCGAAUCCAUCGGCCACAACACCAGCGCCGGCAGCAUGCGAUGUGCCCCCAACCCGCCAAAAUCCCGCCCAUCGGUAAAACCGCCACCACCACCGACGCCGGCUCGCAGUUUCUCGAACAGCAAUCUGAACAAUAUUGGAGGAUCCUCGCCAUUCAGUGCGGUGAACACGGCCUUGAUUCAGAGCUCGGCCACCACGACACAGGCACCAUCACCACCAAUUACCCAGCCGCCAUCCUCCUCCAGCAGCAGCAGCAGCGUGGCCGCCCUGCGCGAUCAAUUCCGUGGUGGAGCUGGAAUGUCUAAUGGGGCACCAUCGCCACCACUGCCACCGACGCCGGCUCCCACCUCCAAUUCAUCUUCGGCAACCGCCAGCCCAAAAUCCUCGCUGCGAGACAAUGUAAAACCGAUUAUCCUGAAUGGAGGUCCUCUCAACCCGCCAGCGCCACCGCCACACCGCACCUGCCCACCUCCGCCGCCUCCGCAGCGACAGUCGAGUAAUGGUGGUUCCGCAUCGGGAUCAGCUCCAGUUCCGCCGCAGCGUCAUUCUUCCAUUAGGCCCAACGCCCCAUCGACGCCACCCACGCACAUGGCCAAUGCAUCGCAUCAGUUUGGCAGCAGCUCAGGAUUGUCGUCGGGAUCGUCAGCAGGAGCUGCAGCGAACGUGGGUCGGCUGGUCAACGACUUGGAGACAAAGUUUGGCAAGCGAUUCCACAACGUCACCGAGUUUCCAAAGCCGCCUCCGUUUCUAAAUAUACAAAAAGUCUAUCCUAGUCGCACGUUUAAGGCCACCAACGCACCCGGAAACAGCAAUGUGAACAACAACAACAGCUCGGUGGCUAGCAACAAUAAUACGACCACGAAUCCCAAUCCUAAAGGAACAGGAACAGGAGGAGCACCUCCAGUGCUAAAGCCCGCCUAUGCACCACUAAAGAAGCACAGGGCUCCAGCACCUCCACCGCAAGCUGGCGUGGCAGCAGCCACGGUAUCAGUUAUACGGCAAUCGAGUUUUCUUUACGGCGGAGCAGCAGGUGGUUCCGGUGGCUCGAGCAGCAUACGACCACAGUCACAGCCAGCGGGGAUUGGGCCACGAAACUCUACUGUCUACUGAAUGGAUUAUGGUUAAAGGAUAAAGCUUAGUGUUUGAUUUGUAUAUAACUGUGUGCAUGGGGAGGAGUGUGUUUGUGGCUUCGUUGUUGAUGUGUUGUAUGCGGGUGUGUUAUGUGCCACAGGCAGUUGUUCAAAAAGUCAAUGGAAAGUACGUAGAAUAAACCAAAAACAAUGGCACACUAAAACCCCCUAAAAGGAAAGCUUAAUGAACAAUUCAAGAGCAAUCUACAAAACCCUAAAAAUUCGUUGGCGUCUUCCCAUGCUGCAAUUAAAAUAGUUAAAGCAGGCAAAAAAUGUAUGGUCCACUCCGAAAUUUGUAUAUAGAACUAGCACCAAGUUAGUGAAAUUAUCAAGCAGCAUCUAUACCUUAUAUAUGGUAUAAACGGGUGUAAAUGAUUGUACGUACUUUUAGGAGCGCGCCUCUUUGCAUAAAAAAUAUCUUACUAGACUGAACAUGUUAAAACCCAACAGCAACAAUUAAUUAAUGUAAUUAUAUACGAUAUUUAGAAUCGAUUACUGUACGACUUAAUCCCCUAGAGCAAUACACAAAAACACACACAAUGGAAAAAUGUUAACAAUGCACAACCGAGAGCAUUUCAACGAAACUCGCCACAUUCCAUUUCCGAUUUGUAUUUAGUUCAAUGUGCAAUAAGUGAGUUCGUGUGAUAAUCUCCAAAGUAUUUAGGUAUUUAUCUAUCAUCUAUCGUUUUUGGUAAACGUUUGUUAAACUCCUUUUUGGGCAAUAACUAUUUGGAAGUGAGCAUAAUACACAUUAAUAUUAUUCUUAUUCUUAUUAUUAUUAAACUCAAUCAUUGUUGUUGGACUUGAUGUCAUUAGAAGUAUUAAUCAGCAAUUGCAUAACAUUUUAUUCCAAAUCAAAAUCAUUGCAGUUAUAAAUAAAAUUACGAAGUCAUUAAAAAA